AUGUCAAAUCUUCAGUUCAUUAAAGAUUUCGAGGCUAAUUGUGAUCAUUUGUCCUUGCAAAUGUUUUUUUGUUUCCUUUUGAUGCAGAGAUACAUUCAGCAGCAUAAUGAGGUUGAGCUUUCUGCCUUGGGCAUGGCAAUCACUAGUGUCGUCACCAUUGCUGAGGUCUUGAAGAACAAUGGAUUGGCUAUUGAGAAGAAAGUUUCGACAUCAACGGUCAGCAUGAAUGACGAAAACAAAUGGCGUGUUGUCCUAAAAGCCAAGAUCGAAAUCGUGUUGGGGAAGUCGGACAAGUUCGACUUGCUGAUGAAUGCUUCCAAUGCGGCACCGGAGACUGAUACCAAAAACAAGGAAUGACAACUUUAGUGCAGCUAAAUAUUUGAUGUUCAUUGUUGUAGUUCGAUGUUCGAAUUCUCCGUUACGUGUCUCUACCUUGGUUCUUGAUAGUGCUUUCUAGCAGGAGUAUAGGUAGGUAUUGAUCGAA